CUGGUAAUUUCAGGGCUUUCAUGGGCACGUACCGAAAAGAUCGAUGGGGAACGAGAGAUAAUCCACCGCAGCGCGAAUGCUCGCAAACUCCUACAGGGCUUAACACAGGCAACAAGGACGUCAAAACUGGGCCAUCUAGCUCGUCACUUGCUCCAUGCGUCCUCUAACGAAAAAGACGGAGCUCUCAAGGAUAUUGUAGCCCAAAAACAGCAUUUCUUUUCCAAGAGGGAGUACAGCCACGUACUAAGGGAAGCGAGCAAUGUUCUUCAACGUUCAUUUGGUUGCAAGGUCAUACAUCGAGCCAACCAAUCACACAUUGUUCGGAUAGAGCCCAUGCAGGAAUGUAGCACUGGUGAUACUAUGGCCCAGGCAAAGAGAGGUUUGCUGUCGGCUAUUCUUAUGUUUAUAUUCCUGUCGAAAAGCAGAAAGUCUAACGUCACUUGCAUCACUGAAGCAAUGUUGCAGAAUUUCCUUAAAUCACUUGGUCUCUCAUACGAUACCCCAGAUGCUGUCUUUGGAGACAUCAAGAAACUGAUCUCCCCUUCCCAUACUGCCGAGUUCAUCCAUAAUGGAUAUAUCUCGUUUGCAAAGUCUUCUGAUCGACAGGAAACUCAGGUGAUCACGUAUGAUUGGGGACCACGCGCAACUUUGGUCUGUGAACCAAAAACCAUACUAACAUCAUUCUGCUCAAUGAUCAAGGAUCCUGAAGUGGAUAUGUGGGAGGAUCAAGUAGAAACAGUGAAACAGCUGGAGGAAGAACGACGACAAAUCUGGGAAGGCUCGGAGAAGUACCUCGGAGAAGAACGAUGA